AUGUCGUUAGUUGCAGAACACCAAACUCCAGAUAGUCAAAGUGAUUAUUCAUAUUCAGCACCACAAAAGUAUAUUGAUGAAGAUAAAUUUAAUUUAAUGAAAAUGCAAUUAGAAGAAGAAAUUACAGAUUUAAGAAAUAAAGUCAAAAAAUAUGAAGAAGGAUAUAACCAAAGUUUAGGAUUAUUAAAAGAGUAUGAUGCAUUAGCAAAUUAUUUUCCACCUCGAGGAGAAUUUUUUUGUUGUGGAAAAAUUGAAAAAAGUUCAUUUUCAAAUGAUACAUACUCUGUAACAUUUUCGACACCAUUCUCUGAGGUACCAAGGAUUAUGGUAUGUGUAUUAUAUCCUAAAAUUAUUAAAAUAGAUGCAGCAUUUAUUUCACCAUCACCAACUGGAUUUAUUUUAAAGAGCGCUCCUGGGAUACCAAUAUUAGUUGAUGGUUCAUUUUUCUUUUGGAUGGCAUAUUGUCCAAUAAAACCAAAAUCAGAAAAAUUAAGUCAAAUAAUCGAUAAAAUGAAAGGGGUUAAAGUUAUAACAGAAAAAGAAGCAGAAACACAAAUAAGUAAAUACAUAAGAAAAUAUGAUAUUAAUGAUGAAGAUGCUAAUGGAAAAACAUUUUUGUAUUAUGCAUGUGAAAAAUCUUAUCGAGGUCUUGUAGAGAUGUUAAUUAAUAAAGGAGCUAAUGUUAAUUGUUGUGAUGAAAAUAGAUAUUCUCCACUUCAUAAGGCUUUAACAGCAGAAAAGAUUGAUAUUGAAAUUAUAAAAAUGUUACUUGACAAAAAGGCAGAUAGAGCAUUAAAAAAUGAACGUAUGAAUACUCCAUUACAUUAUCUUUGUAGAAAUAAAAAUUUAAAAGACUAUCAUGAGGUAUUAAAAUUAUUACUUGAAAGUGGUAGUGGAUCAAAAGAAGAUACAAUGAGAUAUAUUAAUGAAGUAAAUUCAUCUGGAGAAACUGCACUAACAAAUGUAUGUGCAAAUUCAAUGGAUUUUGAAAGUAUUAAAAUGUUAUGUGAUUAUGGAGCUGAUGUUAAUCAUCAAACAAAUAAUGGAAUAUUCCCAUUAUAUUCAGCUGUAAUGAAAGGAAAUACUGAUGUAAUGGAAAUGCUUCUUAAAUAUGGUGCAAAUAUUGGUCAAGUUUAUAAAGGAAAACCAUUGUCUCAAGUGGCUGAAGAAAAAGGUCAAAUGGAAAAAUUAAUGCAAAUAAUUCGAGAAAAAUAUGCUAAUGCUUCUAUGAGUGAAGAACAAAUAAGAACUACAGCUGAAUAUAUUGAAAACUUACCAAUGGGAGCUAAAGUUGAAAACUUCUUUACUUGUACAACACAUAAAUUUGAUAUGUUAUUAAAAACUAAUAUACACGAUCCUCAAGCAUGUUCCUAUUAUUAUCAAAAACAUUUCUCUGAAGGAGAUCAUAGUAACUAUAUUAUUCAUACAGACACUGAUUUAGCAAUUGUUUCUAUUUCUGACGAUAAGAAUAUUAAGAAAGUAAUUAUGAGAACAAAACGAUCUGAUACAAGAAAGAUUUAUGAAGGAAAAACUGAUCAUCAAAUUUUAAAAGAGUUAUUCCCUGAAUAUAAAGAAAAGUCAACAGUUGCUAUUAGAGGUAAACCAAUGUUCAAUGCAUUAUGUAAAUUUGAAAAUUUUUUCACUUAUAAAAGAUAUAAAUUUGGUGUAUUAUAUGCUGCUGUUGGACAAACAAAAGAAAUGGAAUUCUUUAAUAAUAGAGAAGGUUCUUCUUAUUUUGAACAUUUCUUAAAUCUUCUUGGAAAUAAAAUUGAGUUGUUUGGAUAUCAAGGAUUUGUUGGAGGAUUAGAUACUAAAAACCGUUUAAUGGGGGAUUAUACUAUUGUAAAUACAUUCUCUCAAGGUAAUAUAGAAAUAGCUUUUCAUAUUUCAACAUGGCUUCCUUUCAUGGAAACUAAUGAUCAACAACUAGAUAAAAAAAGACAUAUUGGUAAUGAUGUUGUUGUAUUAAUUUUCAAAGAAUAUGCAGGAACUCCUGAACCAAUUGAUAUUUCUUCAUUUAAAACACAAUUUAAUCAUGCAUUCAUAGUUGUUGGGUUUGAUAUUACACAACAAAAUGCCCCAGAAGAUUAUGAAUAUUCUGUUAAUAUUUGUUGUAAAAAAGAUGUUGCACCUGUUGCACCAUUUAUUACAACUGAUAAAUAUAAAUACAGUAAUUUAUUCUCUCAAUUUUUAAUUGCUAAAUUAAUUAAUGCAGAACGAUCAGCACAAAAUUCAUUAACUUUCAGAGCAAAAAGAUUAACUAUCAGACAGAAUCAGUUAGAAUCUAUUAUGAAUAACUUUGCCAAACGAAGUAAUUAA